GUACAAAUAGCUUAGUAGGUUCAAACGAGAGAAAAGAAACGGACGAACUAAGUCCAAUAAAACAGAUCGGCCCCAGACAAACGGGUGAAAUAAAACCUUUAAUCGACGGAAGUUAGCUUAAAAAAUCGUAUUUUUCACUCCCAGAGUGAGAAGCGAUCAAAGUCCACUCGUAUUGGGUCCCUCAUGACUGACAGAGACUGAACAGGUUUCAGUCAGUCAUUGGCGAAAACACAUAAUGGAAUAACAAGAUCUUAUGACGACCAAAAGAUGAUAAAACAGGAUACAAGGCAACGUUUUUUUGUGGUAAUGGCUGAAAUGAAGGUUACACUCGGCAAAAAUAAUGGUAGUUUUACGUCCUUCCUCCAAGCCCUGAUGCUUUAAAGAGGUCAGAAUCAAAAAACAUAUUCCACUCCACCAGUCCUGGGGUGGGUGGACCACUAGUAUGGACCCCUGGCAAAAUCUGGUGUCCAGAUGUUCAGCAUGGUGGCAGAUGCAUACGCCGCAUGCUCUGAGAGCUUGUGUGUAUGAAGUGUGUAAACCUCUGGUGCCACUUCUGCUGGGCAUUGCAGCCCUGGUGGCUGUGAUUGUGUAUGCUUUGGCAGAUAAUCUACACAGUUUUGUAAGCAGGCUCUUCAUUGCCCAGUAUCACUAUCCUUAUACGGUGCCACUUGCAUUUAUACAGGUAUUGUUAAAUCUCCUGGCACUGCUAGCUUUACAUGGUGUGGGUCUGAUUCACCUGAAGCCUUUUUCACUGAAGUUGGCUGAGCGUUUGUUUGUGCCGGCGGUCUGUGGGAGCGUCCAGUGCAUUUUGGCCAUAUGGGCUGAAGCCUGUUCCCACUCUGGCCUGUACCAGCUAAUCGCCAGUUUCCUCCCAAUGGUCAGUCUGAGUUUGGGUCACCUGUUUGCACUGAGUAUGCCAGGCUCCAUCCAUGUCUCUGGCCUUCUAACUGUGCUGACAAUUGCCUCAGUCACCGUUACAGCAUAUAAAGGACUUCAUGUGAUGGAGCCGCUGGAGUACGUCUACUCUCCCCUCAGCCUUGUCCUCCACAGCCUCUCUCUUGCCUGGCUAGCCAAAGUCUCCCAAACGGAGCGAGGCCACGCCUCAACCUUUGACCUUUACUACACUCUGACAGUGACACGUACUCUCUUAUUAGGGUUCCUGUGUGUUUUGCACCCUGAUGGCCCAAAGGCACUGAUUAAUGGCAACUGGCACAGUCUGCUGUUUCUGGGAUACAUGCUCGGGAUGUUACUGCUGGGUGCUGUGCAGCUUCUCUUUGUGGAUGUAACGGCGCUGUAUUUUUCUGCUCUCCCAGCAGCUGUGCUGCAUGCGACCAGAGAGCUGGUUCUGCCCCUGUUUAGACUGCUAUAGGACAUACGGACCAAUCAGAGUGUAGAUCAUUCUGAAGGAGAACAGUCUAUGUAGAGUUGCCAAUUUAAUACCUGAUCAAUCAAAUUCAUGAUUGAUGAUAACAGUAUUAAAAUUUUAAUAAUUUAUAGGCAUGACAACCUCAUGUAAAGAUAAUCAUAAUUAAUUAAUAUGGUAAUACUACCAGCAAGCACUGAUGUGCGAUUCCUUUCUUCGCUUGCACUGAAACUACGACACAUCCUACAAAUGGGGUGUUUUCAUGAUGGAGCUGAUACUAAAGUUCUGGAAUUAAAAUGUGAAGCUAAAAUAUAGGUUUCUCAGGCCAGCUUUUCUUGUACAGACUAUAUUAUUAUUUCUAUGUAUCAGCUGGAAAUUCUGAGAAAGAAAAAAAAUAUUUUGUAUUAAAAAUGCAAAAAACCCACUCUCCUUAGUUACUGUUACUAUGUCCGACAAACAUUGCCGCUCUCACACUACAUGUCAUAUUCUCAGGUAGUCAAUAAUACAUUGCAGAGCAAAGAGAAAACUGACAAAACACUGACAGACAAGACAUAGCAGGUUACUUCUGGUAUUAAACAAGGUCUCAGCUUUAAAAUGUUGUCAUUUUAUAAGAAAUUCAAACUAUAAAUACCGUUUUGUGAUAGAUUACUGUAUUGCCUUAUUGGGUCAGUGACAUGUGAACCAAACCUUUUCUUCUUUAGUUAAACGAAUGAACAUCAGAACGCAUUUUAUUUUAACUGCGGAAAGAUGUCAAUAUACACAAUUUUUAUAAGUUUAAGUUCACUGAAAUUAAUCUACUCUCCUGUGUGCUUUGUUUGUCGGACAAAAUGGCAGAUUCGGCAUUAUGAUUGGUCAGAUCACCUGUCAAUCAAGCUAUUUGCAACCGGUCAAUUGUCAUGAAAAUAAUUCCAAAAUGCCAAAAUAAUGAACCUUAAAGGCCUUAAAAUAGCUUAAUUUUUAUUUGUAAAAUGUCAUUUUUAUUUUUUUAAUAUAUAUAUAUAUUUUUUUUGGAGGGUGAAAUAUGAUUUAAGCAUGCUCUGGACAAGCUUUGUGAGAUUCACCCAAGUAUGCCAUUUACCUCACGUAAACCUUACAAACUUACAUUAGCCCUUAACUGUUAAAAAAGACACUGGAUGCAAACUUCACUUUUAUACAUGGUGUUUGCAUAUAAAUGUGUCCUAGCAGUGUUUGGACACAACCACUCUACAACAAUAAAAAUCUAGUCACUUCUAGUCAUUUUUUUAAAUCCCCAAAACACCUAUGACAUCAUAUUUAUCAGGCCCCGCCCAUGACCGCUGACGAACUGUCCCGUAUUAGCAUAUUACCUCUUUCAGCCAGCUGUAUGUUGUCUGCCAUUUUCUCUGCGCGCAGCUUUAGUGACAUAUCUGGUAAGCAAUGCAGCUGUUUUGUUACAGUAUGUAGCUGAAUGGAAAAGUGAACACAAGAGUCUUUAUUUUCUCCCAACAUGAGAGCCAAAACGGCGUUGUUUUACAUGACCAUUGAGGAAGUUUAACCAAAGUAUGUUGCAGACAUUUCAUGAAGACCCUAAAGAAUCAUACCAACUUGUGGAAAUGGUGUCCUUUCCAAUGUCCCUUGUAGUAAUCACAGCUAUAAACCGCGAUGCACCAACUUAAGAAUAUUAUAAUAGUGGUAUAAAUUGUUCAAAUAGAAAACCUGUGACUCAUGUAUUAUUUAGCUCCUAAUGUACAGUACAAACUACAGUAUUAUUGUUCAUGUUUGGAGCAAAUGAAAUAAAACAUUGAUGAGGUUUUCUCACAAUUAAACCAAAUUCACAAUU